CGUAUGUAUAUAUAUAUGCAUGUAUGUAUAUAUAUAUGCAUGUAUGUAUAAUUUUGCUAUAAAUAACAAAAGCAAACUGCAGCAAUGUCUAACCAAAAUAUUAAUAACACUGUGAAAAACAAUAAACAUUUACUAAAUGAGCAAUCCAGAAAUUCCCUUCUGUCUCAGCAGGAAGACACAACCAAAAGUUUAAAUGGAAAGAUUUCAAAUACAAAGACAAAACACUAUAGGAAAUCUAAUGAAAAACACACAGAGAAAAGCGAUGUUGAUAAAGCAGUAGAAACUACAGAAAAUAACAAGAGUGACAAUGUAAUAAAAACUACUAAGAAUAGCCAUGCUAAUAAAACUGUAAAAUCUACUGAAAAUAACCAAGAAGAUAAAGUCAUAAAAACUACAGAGAACAACCUGGCUGAAGUAAAAAAUGAUAACAGUAAUAAUUUGAAAUCAGGAACCACAGAAGAACCAAAUGAACAGGAGAAGAAAUUACCUUCUGGGACUUUAUCAUUGAACAUCUCUGAAAUUGAUUCCUAUAGCAAAGCCAAUGAAGAAGAGGAUCAAAUGGUCCUUGUUUCUGAAUCAGACUCUCGCAAACACAGCCUAGAAUUGGCAAAGACAGAAGAUUUGAAAGAGAGUGAACUUUAUGAUAUUGAAAGUGACAGCUCAAAUAGUGAUGAGGAUCAAAACAAAAUUCAAGAGAGAACAGCCCUAUUUCAAUCCUGUAUACCUUAUUUGCCCAUAGAAGUUGCCUCUGUCUGUCUUGCAUGUAAUAUUCUCAUACCAGGAUUUGUUUUCCUUGUUGGAUGGUUCUGGAGUAUUGCCUGGGGAAUGAAGAUUCUGUUCUUAUCAAUUGAGAAUCAUAAACGGAUGAAGAAACAGCAACAGAAGAAAGAAAAGAUGAAAUCAGUGCUACAUAUCAUUGGUGACAAGCCUAAUACAAAAGACAAUACAAAAGACAAUACAAACGAAAAUUCUUUAGUGAAGUACUGAAAGACACCUGUGCAAUACGAGGGGAUAAAAAUAUAGAAUGGAAUUAUCUUUGAUGAAGAUAUACAGGGAAGAAUAAUAGGAUUUAGAAUAAAUUAUGGAUUAUAAAUAACUUUUUUAGCAAUAAUAAUAACUGUUAAUAGGGUUAUUAUAAUUUAUGAUUAUUAUUAUUAUUAUUAUUAUUAUUAUUAUUAUUAUUAUUAUUAUUAUUAUUAUUAUUAUUAUUAUUAUUUCUACUAUUACUACUACUACUAUAUUUUACUUCUCAGAGCUCUUAGUCUUACUUGCUCUAGUUGAUUCUGUGAGAGUGGGCAGCAACCUGUUAUCUGAGGUCUCACAGGGUUUCUCUCCACCAAUUAUAAGACUUGGUACUUGGAUGUUAAGUAUCAUGGAAGGUACUCAACAUCCAGUCACCAAUCUCAAAAUCCUAGCUGUCCCUAAUAGAUCAGUUUUUUGGGCCUGCUCUGCCUUCAUGUCAAUUACAAUCUAUCCGGCAUUUUUUCUCAAAUUUGGUUGCUAGUUCUCUGAGUGCCCCUACAACUACCAAGAUAACAGUUACUUUCCUGUUGUUAUUAUUAUUAUUAUUAUUAUUAUUAUUAUAUAGUGGGGUUCUUUUGUGAGUGUUGAGAAUAAGAGAUAUUGUAAAAGUUAUCCUGUGUGUUACAACAGUGGCAUAAUUGGGGACAACAGAGUUACUUGGAAAAGAAAAAUACAGUGAAGUGGAGCAAGAUCUUGAAUAAAUUGUAGAACUGAUUAUUAAUAAUAGGCUUAUUAAUGGAGAAGGAGCAGGGAAGCAGCAAAAGAUAUGCUCAUACCACUGGUAUAAGUGGGGAUAAUAGAAUUAUCUAGAUAUGGGGGUGGUAAAAGUUAUCUUGUAGGGAUUAACAAAAAUGAAGUUAAAUCUAGAAAUUGAUUGUCGACUGGGGUGGGAUGAGGUUGAGAAGAAUGUGGUGUGGGGUAGGACAAGCUACUAGAAAAUAAUUUCCAGUACCAGUGCUAUAAGUGGGUGGAUAGUAUUGUCUAAGUUUAAGGGAAACAAGAAACAGGAUAUGAAACCCUGUUAAUCGGCAGAGAACGUUUUAAAUCCUAUAUGUUCAGAAAAUACUAUAUUCCAUUUAUAUCACUUGUACUGGAAAUUUAAAUUUAAAUAAAUCAAACAACAUAUUGAAAAUCGUUUCUCUUA